AUGGACACAGCCUUGAGCAAAGUCUCCUCGGACUGUGUAUACGAUUUGAGCGCUUUUGACCCGGCCAAUGUGAACCCUCAGACGAUACAAUUGAACCGUUCCAUUUACUCCAAAAGUCAGGAGGAUGCGAAAUGGUGGGAGGUCGGAGCAGAAGUCUACCGUGACAUGCGGGAGAAAGGCCAGGCCGCCUUUCCCGCAUUCAAAUAUGUUGAAGGAGCCACAAACAUUGACAUUCCGUCGAGGGAAGACGGGAGAACUGUCUUGUGCCGAGUCGUCAAGCCUUCCACGCCGUCAACCCAACAGCGAGGGAUCUUCCUGCACGUCCACGGCGGCGGCUGGGUUCUGGGGACGGCCAAAGGCCAGGAUCACCUCUUGAGUCACAUCGCAGAAAACACGGGCUUAACGGUGCUGUCGGUCGAAUACAGACUUGCACCUGAGCAUAAAUACCCUGCCGCUCUGCACGAUUGCGAAGAUGUUGCCGACUGGCUUGUGACGAAUUCAGAAGCAACAUCUGCAGGAGCGACGUUGUGCGCACUGGUCUUGCUUCAUCUCAAGGAGAGGAAUAAAGCUGCAGAGAUCAAGGGCGUGGCCCUGAGUUAUGGGUGCUUCGACCUGUCCAUUCUCCCUUCGUUGAAGCUCGCGCCAAGCACGUCCCCGAUCCUCACACUCGAGGACGCUGAACGGUUUUACAGCGCCUAUAUCGAAGACAUGCCCUUGGAAGUCCGCAAGACUAGAGCGGUGUCUCCAGCUUACGCCGACUUAUCUGGACUGUGUCCGGCGCUCUUCCUGGUCGGGACCGAGGACGCUCUGGUCGACGAUUCGGUCUUGAUGCAUUUCCGCUGGCUACGAGCGGGGAAUCCGGCUGUGCUGCGUUUCGUGCCCGGCGCGCCCCAUGGAUUUACGCUGUUUGAUGCGGCAGCCGUGGAAGUUGCUAAGAGUGGUUGGCAAAUCACGAUCGAUUUUAUCCGGAGCCUGCUCUGA